AUGAGCCAAAAUGUCUUGCAAAAAAUAAUUAGGAUUCUUUAAAAAGAACCCAAGGAGAGAAAUAAUGCUGAUAAAAAAAUGCUCAAAGAGCUCACUAAAGAUAUUGCUUUUUUUUAAUAGUAUUAAGAAAACGAUUAUGUUCAUGAUAACUGCUGCUCAUAUAUGAAUUAUGAAAGCUACGAUGAAGAAUAGACUGUUUUUGAAAUCAACUAAACAGGUGACAAAUUUUAUAUCAUUCUUGAAGGAACAGUUGGAGUAUAUAUUUAUAAUGAAAGCAAAGAAAUGAUUUGUGUUAAAUAGCUUGGUAAAGGGUUUUCUUUUGGUGAACUUGCUUUGCUUUAUGAGUCGCCAAGAAUGGCUACUAUAAUUUGUUUAGAAAAAUGUCAUUUUGCAGUAUUAAAUAAAAAAGAAUUUCUAAGAGUGUUAAAAAAUUUUUAGAAAGAAAACUUAAACAAAAAGCUUCUCUAUUUAUAAAAUCUGCCAUUAUUUUAGAAAAUCAAUUUAUCACUAUUACGACAAAUUUAUUCAAAGGCGUUUGAUAUCCGUACAGCAAAAGGACAAAUAAUAUUUAAGUAAGGUUCUGCUGCAGAGAACUUCUACAUAGUAAAACAAGGAGAGUUUUAAGUUAAAUAAGAAAUAUCUCACAUGGUUGAUCAAGAAGAAGUUCACAGCAUUUAAUCUCUACAAAAUUAGGAUUUAACCAAGAUCACUAAUAAAAAACAAAAAUACCUUACAGUUUAAAUUUCUUUACUUAUUCAAGGAGAUUAUUUUGGGGAAGAAGAUUUACUUAAAAAUAAUGAAAAAAGAAGCUUUUCUGUAGAAUGUGCAACUGCUAGCGGGGAAAUUAUAAUGAUUCAAAAAAAUUUAUUCUUGCAGAUUUUAGAAGAGUCUCAUUCAAACAUAUUUCUAAGAGAGCAUUUAGCGAUAAAAGAGAGUUAGCAUAAAGUAAGAAUUUAAAAUGCAAAAAAAUAAAUUUAAAAAUUUAAGCAAUUCUUGACAGAAGAUAGAGACUUGUUGAAAGUAACUAAGCAAAUAUAAGAAGAAUAAAUCUCUUUCCAAAAAAGUAAUAGAAUCAUAAAAAGCUAAAAAGAAAUUAACAUAAAUCAUGAUUAUACGCUAAUGGACAAAAAUUAAAAAGAUACAAAUUAGUUUUCAAAUAAAUAAAGGAGAUCAAAAAAAUCAAUUACUCAUUUUAUAGUCAAUGAAGAAUAAUAACAAUAAAUUAAUGAUAAAAUCUAAAGGCUUGUUGAAUAAAGGGCCAACUAGUAUGGGAGAAAACCUAAAGUUCCCACUUAAAAAGAUAUAAAUAAUUAAAGGUAAAGCCCAAUAACAUAUUAAAGUAGUAAAUUUUAAAGCUAGACUGAAUAAUCCCCAACACAAAAUGAAUAAUCAAGCUAGAAUAUUAGCAGUUAAACAGUAACUCCUUUUGAUUCUCCUUCAAUUACUCCCACUCAAGCAAGAAAAAACCAGUUAAUAAAAAUCCUUUCAUAGAAAAUCCCUUAUAAAUAAUCUCUAUUUAGUGAAAAUUUGAUUUUUGCUGAUAGAAGCGUUAAUCCUUUUGAAUUCUCUGCUAAUCUUUAACAAAUAGAUGAAAACUAAAAUAAAAUGCUUGAAACAUAGCAAGAAGCUAAGCAAGAUUAACUUAACAGAAGUACUAUGAUGAACAAAAAAUCCUUCUCAACAAAAAACAUUAGUGAACAGAAAGCUUAACUUUAAAAUAAAUCAGUCUAGUAGCUAAACUCUUACCUAAAUAACAAAAUAAGAAAUAUAAGUGAGUAUUAAAAUGAAAAAACAGGUCUAAAUGCUGAAAAUAGUUACCAAUCUGAUUUAAACUCUUUACCUGAAUCUCCAAAAAAAUUCUCAGUACAUAUAAAAUAGAGUUAAUAAGCCUUAUUAUAGAUUAAAUAGCAGUAAUAAAAUAUAUCAAGUUCUAACAAUCCAGAAAGAAUAACAACCCAUCAGUAAAUUAAGAGUAUGUUUGAGGAUAACAGUAAAUUCGUCUCUAACUUUUUUAAUAAGACUCAAGUAAAAAAAUUGACUACUUCACUGCAAAAGUAUCAAGAUGAUAGCUUAAAUUAAGAAAGAAUUAAUAUAAAAAGGUCUAUUUUGAAAAAGAAAAGCAAAAAUAGCAACUAUAUAGACUAUAGCUCAGAUGACCUAAAAAGAAAUUUAAUUGACCAAAUCAACAUAUUAACAAGCCCUAGACAAAAGUAAUCAAGCAUCAUUUUUCAUUCCAGUCUUGAAAAAAAUAAACCUCAAAAAUAAAUUUCUUAGCCAACAUUAAAAUUCAUAGAAUUUCAAAAAUUGGAGGUUCCAGAAUUAAGUGUUAAAUAAAAUAAAAAUGGAUCUCUCACAGAUAUUUAAAGGAAAGCUAAAUAUUAUACAGAAAUAAAUACUAACCCUCAAAGCUAUUUAUUCAAUACCAACAAUAAUAAAAAUAAUAACAAAUUAACCCAACUUAAAUCUAGUAUUAAUUUUAAGUUAGAAGAAGAUUAAACUAAACUGAUGACUUUAACUUGCAAUAGAAGUAAUAAUUAAGCUAAUUCUUUUUACUAUAGUUAAUAAAAUAGCUGCAAAAAUUUAUUCCAAAAUACUAAUACUAAUCAAUUAUUUUCUACCAAUAUUCAUAUUCGCAAAGAUUAAAGCGAAUAAAAUAAAUAAAAACCAUUAAAAAUGAGCAUAAGAUUCUAAAAUUUGUUUAAAAAUCACCAACAAAAUUAGUGA